ACUGAAGAUCAUGAACAACUGGGUCCAGUAAUCAAACAAUAGCUUAAGCGAAUGUAAUCGAGGAACGACUUCUUUUUCUAUCUUCCUCUCUAAUCUUUCAGUCUUCCGUGACUUCUCUUGAAUUGCUUUUGAACAGCAGAGCGUACCAGCGAACGAUCAAGCGGCGGGAGUGAGGCAGGUGACUAACGGCAGUUCUGUUUUUCCAGGCGGCGGCCACCAGGCGCUUCGUCCAUAGUAUCUUGAAGCAGCACAGGUGAAGUUAGCUUCCUCAAUGGGAUAUUGUGUGAACCAUUUCGUGUCACUGAGUAUUAUAGCUUCAGCUCCUUUGCAACCUAGAAACACGUGUGCCUUUUUUUUUACCAAACCAUCUGGCAGAAAAACUUGCAGCAGUAAUGUUACCGGUAAAAUGAGGCAACCAUCAAUGGCUGAAGGAAUCUCUGCUUCUACUUACAAAAGAUUUGCUCGCUUUGCUUUGGAAGAAACCAGGAAACAAACCCAAUUGAGCCCUUCUCUGUUACAGGAUACAUUUGGUUGCUCGGUUGCUUAUCUGCCAUUGAGUCACCUUAGAUUAGACUGCUCCAGUAUUUAUCCAUUGAGGGGAGUGAUGGAGUGCAGAACGCCCUGUAAUUUUCACUAAAUUCUCACCAAGUCCUGGGACUUCAACUUCCUUACUGAGGAAACCACUGUCAUGUUCCAAAUCUUCUUCUGAAGAAGCAGAGAUCUCUGGAAAGGAAGAAGGGUGGCUGCAGAGGCUGCCAGAGAAGCAGAAGGCUCUCUAUGCUCACAGCUUGCCCUGCAUAGAGGCCUGGCUUGGGAGUUUAGGGUUUUACCAGAGCAAAGAAGACAGAGCUGUUUGGUUUGUGGAAAAUCCUGAUUGGCACGCUCAGUUAUCUCUUGAUAUUACGGACCUAUACAUAAGGUACCUUAAGAGUGGACCGGGAGGGCUAGAGAAAGAUGUGGAGAGAAGAUUCAGCUAUGCACUCAGUAGGGAAGACAUUGAGAAUGCCAUCCUUGGUGGCCCAUAAGGAACACCUGUCUAGGCUUAAUACAAAAGGAAGAGAAAAGCAACAAUACCUCUCUAGGCACAUAUAUUGCAACAGAGAUGUUUACCUCCAACAUGUAGUGAAAUUUUUUUCUUACUGCCUGCCAUGCAUGCCCUGAUAAAUCAAUGGUGGGUAGUACCAACUACCAACCAACCUACCAAAAGUACUUUGGGGGCCGUAAACGGAUGGUGGACUACUCGUGUUUGGACUCGUUUAGCGUUUGUAUGUGACUUGUUUUAGAGCUUGAUUGUUAAGUGAACAAGGGUUGGACAAUGAGAAGCUCGUUUGAUUUAGGCUCAUGAACAACUCGAUCAAAGUGUGGUCAUGAACACAUUCUGUUGUAGUUCAUAUAAGGGUGUAGUGGUGUACACGAAAAGUUCCGAUAAGUGAUCAUAGUUUUGUAUCUUUCUUUAUAAACUGUGAGUCAUGGUUUACUUGUUUUAACGAUGUGAAAAUAAAGUUAAACGGACUCGUUUUCGAAUGAUGAACCUAUAGACAUGAG